AUGACGGGUCCCGCCUGUGGCGGAAGCGCCUCCGAUCUGCUUCAGAUGGAGAGAGCGUACCUGGCCUCGUCUCACCUCCCUCUUUCACACUUGCACUCUCUCUCCUCGCACUCUCUCGCUCUUUUGCAUUUACUCAGCCAGGAUCUGGAGCCGCUUGCGCUGUCUGACCGUAAAAAGAAGCCACCACUCAAGCUUCCAAAAGAGGUGUUUGAGAAACCCCAACCUGCUCCUGCACCCCCGAGAGACCUGGACUCCAAAGCCUGUGUUACUAUUGGAGAUAAGAACUUUGUGGUGAAGGCCGAUGAUUUGGAGCAGAUUGGAGAGUUGGGGCGAGGGGCGUAUGGAGUGGUGGACAAGAUGAGACACGUCCCAAGCGGCGUAAUAAUGGCAGUAAAGCGAAUCCGGGCCACAGUAAACACACAGGAGCAGAAACGGCUGCUAAUGGAUCUGGACAUCUCCAUGAGAACAGUCGACUGCUUUUAUACCGUUACCUUCUAUGGAGCCCUUUUCAGAGAGGGUGACGUGUGGAUCUGCAUGGAGCUGAUGGACACGUCUCUGGAUAAGUUUUAUAAACAGGUGCAUGAGAAGGGUAUGACCAUCCCAGAGGACAUCCUGGGAAAGAUCACCGUUUCUAUCGUGAAAGCAUUGGAGCAUCUCCACAGCAACCUGUCAGUGAUACACCGAGAUGUGAAGCCUUCUAACGUCCUGAUAAACAUGCAGGGUCAGGUGAAAAUGUGUGAUUUUGGCAUCAGUGGGUACCUUGUGGAUUCGGUGGCGAAGACAAUGGACGCUGGCUGCAAGCCGUACAUGGCGCCUGAGAGAAUCAACCCAGAGACCAAUCAGAAAGGCUACAAUGUCAAGUCUGAUAUCUGGAGUUUAGGAAUCACAAUGAUCGAGCUGGCCAUUCUGAGGUUUCCCUAUGACUCAUGGGGAACACCAUUUCAGCAGCUCAAGCAGGUGGUGGAAGAGCCGUCGCCCCAGCUGCCUGCAGAACGCUUCUCACCCAAUUUCGUGGACUUCACGUCACAAUGCUUAAGGAAGAAUUCCAAAGAGCGGCCGACUUACACAGAACUAAUGCAACAUCCCUUUUUCACCCUCCAUGACUCCAAAGACACCGACGUCGCUAGCUUUGUGAAGAGCAUCCUCGGGGACUGAGAACGUCCCUCUCGGCAAAACCGAUGUGUUGCCGCGUGGGGAAGAUGGGACUAUUUGAGAAAAAGCACCAAUAGCAAGACUAACACCUGUAAGACACGCCCACCUCAGCAGCCAACAGUGCACAGGCACUCAGGAGGGUCUGGGGGAAAGAACACCGAAACUGAGGGUGGGCGGGCCGUUUUCUAGCAAAACACGGAGUAGGGCAUGGGACAGGAAUCUCAGCGCGUGUGUGCAUGUAUGUGUGGGUGCAUGUGAGGGAACGAACACGAGUGUGAGUGUGUGUGUGUGUGUGUGUGUGUGUGAGAAUUCUUCGCCUGCCUGUAUGUGCAUACAUGUGCAUUAAAAAAGGUUUUACAGUCCCAAGUCAAACUUCAUCUAUCGUUCAAUCCCAGUCCUCCUCCAGCUUUACCUCUCAAUCCAAAAAGCAGUUUUAGCAUCAGGUGAGUCUGUUCUAGAUGUCUGUUGAGUUUCCCCAGUGGCACUUCAAUGUAAUUCUUAAAAGUAUUCAGAAAUGUUACCCACACCCACAACGUCCGGUUCUUCGAAAAAUAUAAAAUAAAAAAUAAAAAAAAUAAUAAAAAGAGAGAGAGAGAGGUAUAGAUAUAUUUAUCUAUUAUCUAGAUAUGUAUAUAUACUCAAAAAAUAUUUGUUGAAUGAGGACAAUAUUCUGUGUUGGCUGUAAGGAGUGAUGGCUAUUAAAGUGGAUGAAUGGAGCAUCUUUCUUUUUUUUUUUUUUUUUUUUCUUGAAUUUGCAAAGACUGAUUGGUGCAUUUGUGUCACUGAAUGCUAAGUUUGGAUCAGUUUAUAAAUGCUGUCAUUAUAGUGAGGGUCUAGGCCCGCAGAGCUGUCCCUGAAUCAGACGUUAAAGGCCAGAAGUGAAAAGACCUCUUUUCACAUACCCUCCAUGAACUCUGUGUGUGAGCGAGUGCGAGUAAACGCUUGUGUGCUUUAUAUGCUAUUCGUCUAAACCAAGGUGAUUUUUGGGCAAAAGGUAUCUUAAGUCUGUUGGCUACAUCUAGACCUCUUUUUUUUUCUGAGCCAAUCAAAAAAAAUUCUCAUUCUUUUCAACUGCAAUCCAACUGGAAAUUAUUAUAUUAUAAUUAUCAUUAUUUUAUUAUUAUUAUUAUUAUUAUUAUUAUUAUACACAGUGCAUAUGUAUUAACAGUAAUGAGGUGUUCUGCAGUUUCUGUAUGUGUUGUAACUGCUGUUUUUCUCAUUGGAAACUUGACAAUUUCUUUUUAAUUUUAAGGUGGUGUGCAGGUAUGAGCGUGUGGCCAUUUGCGAGAGUGUGUGUGUGUGUGUGUGUGUGUGUGUGUGCGUACAUGUCUGCAUGUGAGCGUUAUAUAAAAGUCUGAACACACGUAGCUGACACUUCUUUCAAAGCCUCACUGUGACUCGGAAGCCUGAUUUUUGUGCCUCUCUAUAAAAAAAAGAAAAAAGAAAAAAAAACAACUCCUACAUUAAAACAAACUACAAAACCCACGCUGCUGUGUCAUAAGACAAGCUUUGCUUUCCACAGGCUUCAGAUAGUGGCGGGGGUCUGUUGCUUUGCUUUCUGGGCUUCUGGUUUUAUUCUCGUAUCAUUUUUGUAAGGUGGAGAUGAUGAAUGUGUAUGAGUGUGUGUGUGUGUUUUUGUUUAGUUUUUUUCUUUUGGUUGUUUGUUUUGUCUUGUGACCACUGUAUACAGAAUGGAUAACACUGCUGAUUUGCCUGUAAUCGUUAUAUUGUUUGAUUCAAACAUAAAAGUUCUCUUAUA